GAACGCGAUAUUAUCGACAGACGCACCUGCAUCGUUCUCACUCUCAGUUCGUGUUCAUGGCGUUGGCGUUUGCCUGCUUCCCCUUAAACCCUUGCCCUCCCCUCUCGCCCCCUUCUCUCCUCCCCUCCUCUUCUUCCUCCUCCUCGAUCAUGGUCGUUCAUUCGACCCAAAGAUCGAUUCUUACCAGCUCCAAUUUCUGUUGCUCGGUAGUUCGUCCCUCGGCCGGGCGUCUUCGAUGCUCCGAUGAAGAAUUCCCGGAGGACGGCCCAAUUGAUUUUGAAACAAAGGAGAAAGAUAUGGAAAAGACGAGAAAGAGGAGGAAAAGAAAGCCGAGGCCCAGUUUCAACGCCCAGACCCUUGAGCGAUGGCCCGUGAAGGUCUCCUCCUCGAGGUCUGCUUUGGAUCAAAAGUUUCAGAUUUCUUUGGACGCUCCAUUUAGUCAGCCUUUGGAUGAGUGUGGGGCUCCCGUGAUGGAGUUUGGAGCUUCAAAUGAGAAAGUUGAUGAAGAGCGAGGAGGGAGUAGGUUGCGCUUAAUCAUUGAGAAGUUAAAUGCAACUGAGAGUGGGAAGUCUUCAGAUUCAGACCUUUUAUAUGAAUCCUUUGGGAAUUCUGUCGACGCAGUUCCUCCUAUGGCGAAUCGUAUCGUGGGCAUUCCUUUUGGCAUGCAGACGAAGAAGUCGGCUCCUUGGGCACACGCAGCUAAGCAUGAUGAAGAUGGUAUCCGUUAUGGUAACUACAGCGAAGCUUUGGUAAAAAAUAUUGAUUUUGGCAAAGAUUAUGUGAAGCCGAAAGAAUUGAAUUUGGUGGUGGAUAAGGGUAGAAGCUUCAACUAUGGUGAUCCUAUAAAUGUCUCUCUGGAGGAAGAAUUUCCUGUCCUUUCUUCUGACAUGGACGCUCUAAGCUGUCCAGCAGUUAGUGUUCCAUUUGGAGAAGAGAUAUUCAGUUCUCAGGAAGCUGAUUUAGAUUCUAAAGUUGCGGAUAAGUCCCCGGUGAGAGAUGAUGAGUUGAGCGAAAAAAGAAGAGAGUACUGUGUUAGAGAAAAUGCUGAGAGGUUCAACGACCAUAAGUGUUCAAGUUCCUCCAAUGUCGGUAUUGGUGUCUCCAUCUCUUCUGAAAACCUGGACAUGUUACUGGUGCUUAAUUCUGGGCACGAUGACCUUGACGUAGCCAGUCCAGUGCCUUUACCAUGGGAAAGAGAAAUUGAUUCCAUGGAGGGUGAGCAGUUGCAAAGGAGUAACACUGAACUAGCAGAGAGGACUAUACCAGAGCCGGAACUGCGGAGACUGAGAAACACUUCUUUAAAAAUGAAAGAGAGGAUGACUGUGGGGCCAGCAGGUGUGACUGAGGCUGUUGUGAAAUGCAUCCAUGAGAAGUGGAAGGAGGUAGAAGUCAUUAAGUUAAGGUUUGAAGGCCCAGCCAACCUGAACAUGAAGAGGACACAUGAGAUUUUAGAGAUUAAAACCGGAGGCGUGGUCAUUUGGAGGUCUGGAAGGUCAGUUGUGUUAUAUAGGGGAAUGGCUUAUCAACUUCCUUGCAUCCAGACCUACUCAAAGCUUUCUGAUGCCAGUUCUUCCCAUAAUCCUUCAAUGGGAGAUUGUUCUAAUCUUAUUAUUUACAAUCAAGCGGAAACUUCAGGUGCAAUUUCAGGGAGCUCUAAAGCUGAUUCUAUGACAUAUGAAAACCUCUCUGAAGGAUCUCCAGCUACAGCUUAUAUUGACAGUUUAUUGGAUCGGUUGGGUCCACGUUGCAAAGAUUGGUCUGGUUGUAAUCCACUUCCAGUUGAUGCUGACUUGCUGCCCGGUCUAGUUCCUGGUUACAAACCACCAUUUAGACUUCUCCCUUAUAAGACCAGAAGAUCUCUAAGAGAUAAAGAAAUGACGGUUUUGAGAAGGCUUGCUGGAACAAUGCCCCCUCACUUUGUUCUAGGAAGAAACAGGCAACUCCAAGGCUUGGCUGCUGCUAUCGUGAAGUUAUGGGAGAAAAGUUCUAUUGCUAAGAUAGCCAUCAAGCGUGGCAUACCAAAUACCUCUAAUGAGAGAAUGGCUGAAGAAAUUAAGAAAUUGACAGGGGGAGUGCUUCUUUAUAGAAAUAAAGAGUAUAUUGUGCUCUAUAGGGGUAAUGAUUUCAUGGCACCUUCAAUUAGAGAGGUUCUUAUAGAAAAAGAAAAGCUAGCGAACAUUCACUACGAUGGCGAAGAAGUAGCUCGGUUGAGAGCAUCAACAUUGGUUGCUGAUGUCAAAAGUGAUAAGGGUCCAUUAGUUGCAGGUACCCUUGCAGAAACAAUGGAAGCCAAACGCCGAUGGGGAAAACCAUUAAACCCUGAGGAAAGUGAAAUGGCAAAGAAGAAUAUGGUUCUGACUAAACAUGCAUCUCUAGUUCGAUAUCUUGAGAGAAAGCUAGUAUUUGCAAAAUUAAAGGUCAGGAAGGCUGAGAAAGCUUUGCGGAAAGUGCAGGAAUUCCUACAGCCGGCAGAUCUUCCAACUGAUUUAGAGAUUGUUACUGAUGAGGAGCGUGCUUUGUUCCGAACGAUCGGUCUUAAAAUGAAGGGUGCUCUACUUCUGGGGAGACGGGGGAUUUUUGAUGGAACUGUUGAAAACAUGCACUUGAAUUGGAAAAAUAACGAACUCGUCAAGAUUCUGGUGAAGGGGAAAAAUUUUAAACAAGUAAAGCACAUUGCAAUUUCUCUUGAGGCUGAGAGUGGUGGGGUGCUGAUUUCCCUUGAUAAAACUACCAAGGGCUAUGCAAUUAUCUUCUAUCGCAGCAAGAAUUAUCAGCGACCUCAAAUUAUAAAGCCCAGAAAUCUAUUAACAAGGAGACAGGCAUUGGCACGCUCUAUAGAACUCCAAAGGCGCGAGGCCCUGCUUCAUCAUAUUUCCACUCUGCAGGAUCAAAUUCAGAUGCUAAAGUCCCAAUUAGAUCAUAUGCAAGGCGAUGAGGGUGGAAAUCAAGUCUUGAAUGUGCAAGUCAACUUAACAUCAUGUUCCGAUAACAAGAAUCAGGUGGAGGAUGAAGGGGAAGAAGCCUUUCUUGAAACAUACAGCAGUCAAGAUGAGGAGGAGGAGGAGGCUUCUCAAUGAACUAACAAAUGCUAGAAUAGUAAGUCUAGCAAUCAAAGGAAGUUUUAUAUUCUUUUGUUUAAUCACCAUCAUUAUUAUUAUUUUAAUAAUUCAGGUGCUCAAGCUUCUUUUGAUUAAUUUUAAAGGUAAACUGUGUUUCCUCUCACUUUGUUUACCGGAUAAAUCCUGAGCUUUAGGCCCAUUUAAAGGUUGAUCUUUUGGGAUUCGAAUUUUGAUA